CACCAGCAUCGCGGUAGGAAUACAACGGGCAUUUCUGGACUCCGGGGAGACUACCACGUGAUCACCAACAGCUCGUCGGUGCUCCCCCUGACAUCCGCGAUAAUAUUCACCAUCCUCAGGCCUUGGGCCCUGCGAUCUUGUUGAAAGGAUGGCUUCUGGUGAAGUGCACCCCGCGUCCGAGGCGGCAAGAUGGACAUACCUCGACAGGGUGCGGACGAGGCCCGGCCCGUUCACCGACCCGGACACUUUCGACGGCAGCAUGGUGGCUCAGGCGAUGGAGAGCAUGAAGAUUCUGGUCAUUGGAGCCGGGGGCCUGGGCUGUGAGAUUCUGAAGAACCUCGCGCUGUCGGGGUUCAAGGACAUCCACGUCAUCGACAUGGACACCAUCGACAUCUCCAACCUGAACCGACAAUUCCUCUUCCGCCAGUCAGACGUCGGCAAGUCCAAAGCCGAGGUCGCUGCCCGCUUCGUCGAGAAACGAGUAAAAGGCGUCAAGAUCACGCCGCACAACUGCACGAUCCAAGAUUUUGACGAGGACUUCUACAUGCAGUUCCAGAUCGUCGUCUGCGGGCUCGACAGCAUCGAGGCUCGCCGGUGGAUCAACGCGACGCUCGUGAACAUGGCCGCGUCCGAGGCGGAGAACGAGGACAGCAUGAAGCCCCUGAUCGACGGAGGCACCGAAGGCUUCAAGGGCCAGGCCAGAGUCGUCUGCCCGACCCUGACAUCGUGCAUCGAGUGCCAGCUGGACAUGCACGCGCCGCGCGCCGCCGUACCGCUCUGCACGCUCGCCAGCAUCCCGCGGCAGCCGGAGCACUGCAUCGAAUGGGCGCACGUCAUCGCCUGGGACCAGGAGAAGCCCUUCCCCAAACUCGACAGGGACGACCCGGAGCACAUCACCUGGCUGUACCAAAAGGCGCUGGAGCGCGCGCGCGAGUUCAACAUCCCCGGCGUGACCUACUCGCUCACGCAGGGUGUGGUCAAGAACAUCAUCCCGGCCAUCGCGGCGACCAACAGCGUGAUCGCGGCGGCGUGCUGCAACGAGGCGUUCAAGAUCGCGUCCAACUGCGCGGGGGCCCCGCUGGGGAUGCCCGGCGGCAACAAUUACAUGAUGUACUCGGGCAACGACGGCAUCUACACCUACACGUUCCAGCAUGAGAAGAAGGAGGACUGCCCCGUGUGCGGCAACUUGGCGCGCGACCUCGCCGUCGACCCGGCCUGGACGCUGCGCGACCUGGUCGAGUCGUUUGCGGCGCGGCCCGAGGCGCAGCUCAAGACCCCGAGCGUGCGCGCCGAGGGCAAGACGCUGUACAUGCAGUCGCCGCCGAGCCUGGAGGCGCAGACGCGGCCGAACCUGGACAAGACGUUGGCGGAGCUGGGGCUGGAGGAAGGACAGGAGAUUGCGGUGACGGACCCGGCGUUUGCGACGGUCACAUUCAAAUAUAAGCUCAAGUUUAAACCAUCAUGAGAUAAGGGGGGAAUAGAUAGGGGGAGCUUUCGAUCUAGAGCAGAAAAGGGUUCGGCGGGUGGGUAGCAUCUUGCGAGGCGUGGUCGGACAAAAGGGACUGGCGGAAGGAUACCAUCAUAUACUGCAUAGUGGAUGCAGCUCUUUGCUUACAGGCCAGGUACGACACGCCACAUAACAGGAGUCGUUUAGACAGACGGUGCUGAUAUGGAGCCAAAUGGAAGG